AGUGGAAAUUGAAGACCAAUGAAGCACAAAAAGAUAAGCUUUUUGUGAUAGGAUAGGACAAACAAAACAAGGUUAAAUCCAUUGAAUUGUGAAAUUUAGGACAUUAUAAAGUUCCACUUUGUAUCUAUGCUCAUUCAUAGUAACUAUGGCAGAAGUGAAAUUGCUAGGAUUUUGGUCUAGUCCUUUUGUUCAUAGAGUAAUAUGGGCUCUAAAAUUAAAGGGCAUAAGCUAUGAUUACAUAGAACAAGACAGACAUACCAAAAGUCAACUACUCCUUCAAUCCAAUCCUAUUUACAAGAAAGUCCCUGUCCUUAUUCACAAAGGCAAACCCAUCUCAGAGUCUCUUGUAAUUCUUGAAUAUAUUGAAGAAACUUGGCCACAAAAUCCUUUGCUGCCAAAAGAUUGCCAUGAUAGAGCCUUAGCUCGAUUUUGGAUUAAAUUUGGAGAGGAUUCGAUCGGUUCUAUAACUGAUAUAUUUCUCCGACCUCCUAAAGAAGAAAAAGAAAGAGUUAGUGCAAUAGAAAAAGCACAAGAAACUAUAGCAAUAAUGGAAGAGAAAGGUAUAGGGGACAAGAAGUUUUUUGGAGGGAACAAUAUUGGAAUGGUGGACAUAGUAUAUGGAUGCCUUAGUCAUUGGUUAGAAGGGUUGGAGGAAAUUGUUGGAAUGAAAUUGAUUGAGGCAAAGAAAUUUCCUAAGUUGCAUGCUUGGAUUCAAAACUUUAAACAAUUUCCUCUUAUUAAAGAAAACCUUCCUGAUUAUGGCAAACUUUUGCUUCAUCUUCAGUGGCGCAGGCAGGAAUAUACUAUAUAGUAUCAUAAUUAGUCAAAUUAUAUUUUCUAUAUUCGAUAUUUUAACCACUAUAGAUUAUACUUCUACAAAAUAAAUUUAUGACUCUCUUUAUUUGUACGAUUGAGUGAUGAUCAAGUUGGUAAUGUUCAAAAAGUUGAAUUUUGAAUUAUA